AUGGAUAUAUUCGGCCGUUGCAACGGUCCAGGAAGUGGUGGUACCACAUUGACUGGAGCUGCUAGUGGAGUUGGAACCUCUAUCAGAACUGGGACCGUGGUGCCUGCGAUAGCAACAGCGACAGCAACGGUAGCUGAUUCAACAGCUAGUGUGAGUGCCAGUGAAUCUGCCCUAGGUCCUGGAAGUGCCAACAGGAUGCAACUGACCGGAGCAUCGGCUCCUGGAACUGCGGCUUCCCCGGAAUCCGGGGUAUCGCCGCUUGCUGAUGCCUACUCCAAAAUGACCACUGACAUUCUUACUGAGCGCACGUUGGGUGACUUUGUCAGUGAACAUCCUGGUGAACUUGUCAAGACAGGCUCUCCACAUUUAGUUUGCACAGUUCUACCGGCUCAUUGGCGUUCCAAUAAGACACUUCCGGUGGCAUUUAAAGUUGUGGCAUUAGGAGAAGUUGGUGAUGGCACGCUGGUGACAGUCCGAGCUGGCAACGAUGAAAAUUGUUGCGCGGAGCUCAGAAAUUCAACGGCUCUGAUGAAAAACCAAGUGGCCAAGUUCAAUGAUUUGAGGUUCGUCGGUCGUAGCGGAAGGGGAAAAAGUUUUACGCUGACGAUAACAGUAUCGACGUCACCACCCCAGGUUGCGACUUACACCAAAGCAAUUAAAGUGACGGUUGAUGGUCCACGUGAGCCCAGAUCCAAGACCAGUGAGUAUCACUGGCAUCAACAGCAAUUUCAUGCAUUUGCAUUUGCAUCACAAAGAGGAACGCCAUUUUUUGCAUCGCCGCUGGUUGAUUCACUUCAACCGCUACCGAAUCCACUUCAACCACUACCAAAUCCACUGCAGCCACGUGAUCCACUGUCAUCGUUUCGACAUGCAAUGCCCGGCAAUUGUCAAAACAUGUCGCAAUUCGGAUUGACAACUGGCAACUCAUGGGGGUACGGUAGUACCGCUGGUUAUGCUGGAUACUUACCAGGACCGUUGUCAUCUUGUGCUGCCCAAGCACCUUUUCCGCCACCUCCACCACCACCUCCAGCCCCGACCACUGCGCUGACGACAUUUUCGGGCGCCAGUAUGAGCACUCCGACGGCGCCCGAUUCAACCGCUGGGUCUACUGUUGCUACUAAUAGCUCACGGACACCUCAACAAGAUGCUUUUUCAUCUGUUUCAUCACUUGUUCCAGACACGACGACACCUGGACAAGCAGACCCCCUUGAUCCUCUGAGCACUCUGAUGUCAGGAUCAACCCAACGUUACCAAGACUACGUCUCCCCGCGUUCAUUGUCCACGGACUCGAAUACUACUGACAGUCCAGUCCACGAAGAAGGCUUUGGACAAAAUUACGGCAAUUACUUUCCGACCCCAGGCGUUUUGCCAAGCAUACUCUACUCACAAAUUUAUGGUAAUCAAUUUCAGAAUAAUGACAAUUCUGAACAAACGUCCGUUGCUGAAAGCUGCAAUGUUAGGCAAGAAGAGGUCAGGCCUGAUAAUAAUGUAUGGAGACCUUAUUAACUUAACUUUAUUAGUAAAAAAAAAAAAAAUAUAUAAAUAAUCAAUUGUAAGUAACAAGUGAUUCUAUUGGUUAUUGGUGCUUGUGGAAUAUAAAUUUUAGAAUUAUUUUUUUGUGACUAUUGUCCUCUAAUUAACUUAUUAAGACUAUCGGCGAUUAAAUCUUGGGCAUUACCUUUUUAUUAAUCGAUCUAGUAGGCAUCAAAAAUCACCCACCUAAAAAGGCUUUUUAAAUUAAAUUAUAAAUUUUUAAAGUUACCCGGAAAAAAGUCAGAUAUGAUCAUUUAUAAAAAUUAGCCGUAUGUGAUCAUAUGUAAUUUGAUGGAAAAGAAAAUAUCUACUCCGUAUAUGUCCAUAUAUGACAUAUGUGGACAUGAAUAUGUUGCAUAGCAGCAGA